AUGCUGAGGGUCGUGCUGUUGACUUCGAGUCGGUCGGCGCUGCGUCUGCCCCUAGCGGGCGACGCCGCACCGGCAAGGGCAAGGGGGGCAAGGGCGCUGGAGGGGCUGGCGGGGGCGGUGGAGGUGGAGGAGGCGGAGGGAGUGGGGGUGGUGGUGGGAGUGGUGGCGGGGGUGGGGGCUUCGGUGGCGGCGGUGGCGGCGGAGGCGGCGGCGGCGGUGGCGGUGGGAGCGGAGGAGGAGGCAGUGGCGGCGGUGGCGGAGGUGGCGGCGGAGGAGGUGGAGCUAGUCGGGGUGGCUCUGCGCAGUGGGGCGGCUUAG